AUGGCCGUCGAGGGCCAUUCCCCCCGACCAGGCCAGGGCGGAGAACGGGACAGGACCUAUGACGAUAAGGGCCCAUGGGACGCGAAUGGAACCCGACGAGUCACAACGCGAGACCACGCAGGGAAAAGGCCUCACGCACUUUCUUUCUGGCCGUCCUGGUCGCUCUCUGCAUGUGCAUUCGCUCAGGUCCUUGCAGAUUUCGUGCAGCGAUUCGGCCAUAUUUAUGAAUCCUCAAGACAAGCCCCAAGCCAUGGUUUGUUCGAAAAGCCUGGCGGUUUUUUAAGCUUCAUUGAAUUCCAAGUUAUCGGAUUCUCCCAUUCACCAUCAACAUUAUGUGAAAGAGCGAAAACUAUGGAAAUCAAUAAGGAAAAUAACAAAAAUAAAAGAAGAAAAACAAAAAGAAAAGAAUGCAGACUUUAUUGCCUAGGGUUGUUCAACUACCAAAAAAAUAGUACAAGAAUAAUUGCAUGCGAUGGAAAUAAGGACCAUGUCAGGUUGCAAACUCGCAGGCUGCAGCAGUCAUCUGGUCGCAGCGUGUUUGGUUGGGCUGGGUCCGACGGUGGAUGUAUCCACUGCAUGGCCCUGGGAUUAACACCUCGCUGUAUUGGGUCUGUCGCAGCAAGCAGGCAAGGUCGUACACCCGACAGAACAAUCCAAUUCCAAUCUGAAUGCUUAUGGAUACCAAGACAAUACCAAUACUACUUCCCAAACUGUGUGUAUACAGAAGACAGAAGGGUAACUAAUACAGAAGAAAAGAAACAAAAAGAAGAAAAAAAAUAUUGUGAAGGAGAAGAUGGGAAACAAAAGUGGAAAUAUCCAUUAAAAUAA